CAUGACGUCAGACGGAAGUGUUUGAAGCCAUGAUGGCUGCGUCCUUCACAGGCAUGUCUUCGGCUCAGCGGUGACAGUUGCAGAAACCAGUUUUUAAACCAAAAGACUGAGCGUGAGACAGAAGCACGAGGACAAACAUGGAGAGACGAGAGUUCGUCGCCUCGCUGCUGGCAGGAGGCAGUGCAGGCAUGUGUGUAGACCUGACCCUCUUCCCCCUGGACACCAUUAAGACCAGACUGCAGAGUCAGCAAGGCUUCUAUAAGGCCGGGGGCUUCAGGGGCAUCUACGCCGGGGUCCCAUCUGCCGCUGUCGGCUCCUUCCCCAACGCUGCUGCUUUCUUUGUCACUUACGAAUGCACAAAGUCCCUGCUCGGUGCGGGCGGAGCGCUAUCAGCGCCACGCGUGGCACCCGUCACUCACAUGCUGGCCGCCUCCCUCGGAGAAAUAGUGGCGUGUCUUAUCCGGGUUCCCACAGAAGUGAUCAAACAAAGGACCCAGGCUUCGCCGUCGUCCACCACCUACCACAUCCUGCUGGCUACUCUCAGAGAGGAGGGUGUUCGAGGCUUGUACCGAGGAUUUGGGAGCACAAUUCUCAGAGAGAUCCCGUUCUCACUGGUGCAGUUUCCUCUGUGGGAAUAUUUAAAGACUCUGUGGUCGUGGAGGCAAGGUCACACACUCCACUCUUGGCAGGCUGCAGUGUGCGGAGCUUUUGCAGGUGCGGUAGCUGCAUUUGUGACCACUCCUCUUGACGUGGCAAAGACCAGGAUCAUGCUCGCAAAGGCCGGGUCGAGCACAGCGAGCGGCAACAUCCCGGUGGUUCUGCACGAGGUGUGGAAGAGCCGAGGCCUCACUGGUCUGUUUGCAGGUAGCAUACCAAGGAUAACCUUCAUCAGCGCGGGGGGUUUCAUCUUCCUGGGAGCUUACGAGAAGGUCCGCCGCAGUCUGCUAUAGCAGCCCCGCCCUCUGAGUCCGUGGUGGAAGAGCGUCGGGAUGAACACCUCCAGGGGGCAGCACCUCUGUCCAGUGAAGGCAGGGCCGUGCCUCCAAGAAACAAGAGAACAGCUACGAGGGAAGCAGACUGAACUCGACAAACGCCAGUGUCUCUUCUUUAGCUGCCGUAGACGAGCGGUGAAGGAUUUUUGCCGCAGUGCAGAACUUUUGAUUAUUUCUGUUCUUCUUCUGCCUUUGUUUGGUCUUCUUUAACAGAAAUGCUGUGGUCUUUAUUCACAGACUCAUCUGGGGGUGGGUGUCGCCAGUCCAUUACGGGUCAAUUUAGAGUAUGUAAUUUGCAUAUUCCCCUAAUCUGUAUGUUUUUAGACUGUGGGAAGGAGGAAAACCCCCACACACACGGGGAGAACACGCAAACUUAACAGGCCCAACAAAAACAACAAUAAAAUAUGAAUCAUGAUAAACAAAAAACUUUCCUCAUUUAUUUCUGUUUUUGAACUUCAUUUUUUUUUUGUUUUUUUUUGCGUUCCUCAAAAAUGUCUCUGUUCUUAAAAUAAAAUGUUUUUUUAGA